AAAGUAUGCAAAAACUAAAGUCACUGGUUUUAUCAGUGAUCCAAUUUUUAAUUUAACCCCACAUAGUAAUCUGCCCCACUGUCCACUGCCACAAGCGGCUUAUACACCUUUCACCCAGAAACUGCUUUUUCUGCUUAUAAAAUGGAAACCCAGCGCCACACCAUUCUUCCCUUGCACCAUCUUCAAUAGCGUUCACAACCAAAAACCCUAAACUGUGAACUCAAAGCUACAAAUGGGAAGGGGGAAGAUUGUGAUUGAAAGGAUCGACAAUUCCACCAGCCGGCAAGUGACUUUCUCAAAGAGGAGAAAGGGAUUGAUCAAGAAAGCCAAAGAGCUUGCAAUCCUCUGUGAUGCACAAGUUGGUCUUCUCAUAUUCUCCAGCACGGGAAAGCUUUACGAGUAUGCCAGCACCAGCAUGAAAUCCAUAAUUGAAAGAUACAACGCAUGCAAGGAAGAACAACACCAUCAGAUAAAUCCAGAAGCCGAAGUCAAGUUUUGGCAGAGGGAGGCAGAGAUUCUAAGGCAACAGUUACAGAUUCUACAAGAAAACCAUCGGCAAAUGAUGGGAGAACAACUUUAUGGUCUGAGUGUGAGAAACCUACAAGAUCUAGAGAAUCAACUGGAAAUGAGCCUCCAAGGUGUCCGUAUGAAAAAGGAACAAAUUCUAAAAGAUGAAAUCCAAGAGCUGAACCGGAAGGGAAACCUUAUCUUCCAGGAAAAUGUGGAACUUUACAAGAAGGUGUAUGGUACAACAGAUACAGCCACAACAAGCAGAAAUGCAUUUGUUCCUCUUCCAUUUGGUAUGCAUGCAGGAGGGCAUCCACAAGAAUUAGUCCAACUUCAGUUAUGCCAGCCUGAACAAGAAGCUUAUGAGACAUCAGACACUGCCACAAAAUAAUGCUCAACUCUAAUUUCGUCUAAUAUUUUAGUAAAAGAAAGCUAUAUAAUGAUAUUUGCAGCUCAAUAAUGAAUCACACAAGAAGUGAAGAGUUCUAGGCCUAGGGGAUGAAUAUUUCUCACUUUACUUCCCUCGGAGAAUCCCAGCAGAGAACAAUGCACUCCCUGAUAUUGUAUUGGUUAUGUAAAAUCUAAUCAGUAAAAUGAUAUUUGCUUGUAAAACUUCAUAUGAAAAAAAAAAUCUU